CUUACAGCAAACAAAUUAACACAUUGGAUUAAUUUGGCUUGUCAAAAGAAGAGAGUAAAUUACAGCAUGUUUAUAUGGAAAGCAAAUAUUUGUCAGAACAAACCUCUUCAAACAGCAAGAUGAGUGGGAGCUCUAGGAGCUGAAACGAUUAAAGAUAAUUCAGUUGAUAAUAAUAAAGUUGAACUGAAGAUAGAAAUUAUGAUUUUGGAGCUAAAACCUCUGCUCUGAUGCAGAAUGAGAAGGAUGCAUCAGGUAGCAGUUCCCUUUGACUCAGAAGUGCUAAGUCUUCUUGCUUUUCCUGGCUGAGCAAGUGAUGGGCUUAUCUGAAUGAGGCUGAAUACUACACUUGAGUUUUGGACCUCCUCCUGUAAUUUGUCCUCAAGUCAAAAUCUGCUCGACUGAAUGUGGACCUGAAGAGAAACUGAAGAAUGUACACUGGAAAACCUAAGACUUUAAAUUUAAUGUGGGAAACUGAGGUGUCAGCUACCCAACAGUGCCACCAUGCAGCAAAUGGACAGAUGUCUGAAUCGCUUAACACUGAAAAUGUGCUAGCUCUUCAGAGCUCUAGCAGCCCUCCCCAGAACUGCAGGCAAUUCUACAUUCACUCUAGGCUCUUCUGCUGUGAGAAGCAAGGAGAUUUCAUAGAAACUAUGUCCUGGAGCCCUUUUAAUCAGGCUAGUAAAGAGCAACAGAUCCAAAUAGAAUUACCAAAAAGCAGACCAAGACCGUAUGGGUUAGUGAUUCCAAUUAGUACCAGUGCAGAUGGAAGCUAUAUCUCCAAUAUACUCUCUGCAAGCCAUCAAAGAAGAUCAACGCGGGAGGUAUCCCAGAGUCCCAAACAGCUGUAUUUUAACGUCACUGCAUUUGGAAGGGAAUUCCAUCUCCGGCUGAAACCCAACACUCAUUUAGUGGCUCCCGAGGCGGUAGUGGAGUGGUAUGAAGACUCUGUGGAAACUGGAAAUGGAAAUGAUGCUGGUAAUGCGAGUCAGACUAGGACUGCUACAGAGAGGUUAUGGAAAAGGGAGCCACUGUGGACAAACUGCGCAUACGUGGGAGACAUAACUGACAUCCCUGGAGCUUCUGUUGCUAUUAGCAAUUGUGAUGGUCUGGCUGGAAUGAUAAGAACUGAUAAGGAUGAAUACUUCAUUGAGCCUUUGGAAAGAGGAAAACAAAUGGAAGAGGAAAAGGGAAGAAUCCAUAUGGUGUACAGGCGAUCAGCUGUAGUGCAGCACACCGCUGAUAUACUCCCCGAUGUCCACACAGAAGAGUCUCUUCUUGGGGGCCUUGGAGACCUGAGUUCCCUGUACAGCAGUGUAGAGCAGCAACUGAAUGAAACCCUGAGACGACGCAGGCAUGCGGGAGAUGACGACUACAACAUUGAGGUGCUGCUAGGUGUGGAUGACUCUGUCGUCCGGUUCCAUGGCAAAGAACAUGUUCAAAACUACCUCCUCACCCUCAUGAACAUAGUGAAUGAAAUUUACCAUGAUGAAUCCCUGGGUGUUCACAUAAAUGUUGUAUUGGUCCGAAUGAUCAUGUUGGGGUAUGCAAAGUCCAUUAGCUUGAUUGAAAGGGGGAAUCCCUCGAGAAGCCUGGAAAAUGUUUGUCGCUGGGCGUAUCAGCAGCAGAAGUCAGAUCCCAAUCAUUCAGAGCACCACGAUCAUGCCAUCUUUUUGACCAGGCAGGAUUUUGGGCCUGCUGGUAUGCAAGGAUAUGCUCCUGUUACUGGCAUGUGUCACCCGGUUCGAAGCUGUACUCUCAACCAUGAGGAUGGCUUUUCAUCAGCUUUUGUUGUUGCUCAUGAAACUGGUCACGUGCUAGGAAUGGAGCACGAUGGUCAAGGGAACAGAUGUGGGGAUGAGACAGCAAUGGGGAGUGUUAUGGCUCCCUUGGUGCAGGCUGCCUUUCAUCGUUACCACUGGUCCAGAUGCAGCGGCCAAGAACUCAAAAGAUACAUACACUCUUACGACUGUCUUCUCGAUGACCCUUUUAAGCACGAUUGGCCCAAGCUUCCUGAGCUGCCAGGCAUCAAUUAUUCCAUGGAUGAACAGUGCCGCUUUGAUUUUGGUGUUGGCUACAAAAUGUGCACAGCGUUCCGAACGUUUGACCCAUGCAAGCAGUUGUGGUGCAGCCAUCCAGAUAACCCAUACUUCUGUAAGACUAAGAAAGGGCCUCCACUCGAUGGGACAGAAUGUGCCCCUGGGAAAUGGUGCUACAAAGGUCACUGCAUGUGGAAGAAUGCUAACCAGCUGAAGCAGGAUGGCAACUGGGGAUCCUGGACAAAAUUUGGAUCCUGUUCACGAACCUGUGGAACUGGAGUUCGCUUCCGAACACGCCAGUGCAACAAUCCAAUGCCGAUUAAUGGAGGUGAAGAUUGUGCUGGUGUCAAUUUUGAGUUUCAACUCUGCAAUACAGAAGAGUGUCCAAAGCACUUUGAGGACUUCAGAGCGCAGCAAUGUCAGCAACGCAAUUCCCACUUUGAGUAUCAGAACAGCAAACACCACUGGCUGCCAUACGAACACCCCGACACUAAUAAGAGAUGCCACCUGUACUGCCAAUCCAAAGAAACAGGAGAUGUUGCUUAUAUGAAACAGCUGGCACAUGAUGGGACUCGCUGUUCCUAUAAAGAUCCCUACAGCAUUUGUGUUCGUGGAGAAUGUGUGAAGGUGGGUUGUGACAAGGAAAUUGGCUCCAAUAAGGCUGAAGAUAAGUGUGGUGUCUGUGGUGGAGAUAACUCUCAUUGCCGAACUGUGAAAGGAACCUUUACCCGCACUCCCAAAAAGCUUGGAAAGCAUUUAAGCAAGAGGUGCCAAAAAGAAUUCAAGUUUCUGGAAAAUGAAAUCUGGAAGACAAGAGGAGCAUUUACAUUGCCCAAAGGAGCUCGCAAUAUUUCCCUUUCUGAAACAAAGGAGUCUAAAAAUACUCUGGGGUACCUUAAGAUGUUUGAUAUCCCUCCUGGUGCUCGACAUGUGUUUAUCCAAGAAGACGAGGCUUCUCCUCACUUUCUUGCAAUUAAGAACCAGGCUACAGGACACUAUAUUCUGAAUGGGAAAGGGGAGGAGGCCAGAUCCCGAUCUUUCAUUGACCUGGGUGUGGAGUGGGAAUACAACAUAGAAGACGACAUAGAAACUCUCCACACUGAUGGGCCUUUGCAUGAUGCAGUGGUUGUGCUGAUCAUUCCUCGGGAGAAUGACACAAGAUCUAGCCUGACUUAUAAAUACAUCAUUCAUGAGGAUUCAGUGCCAACUAUCAACAGCAACAACGUCCUACAGGAGGAAAUAGAUACUUUUGAGUGGGCAUUGAAGAGUUGGUCGCAGUGCUCCAAACCCUGUGGUGGAGGAUUCCAGUAUACCAAAUAUGGGUGCCGCAGGAAAAGUGAUAACAAAAUGGUUCAUCGCAGCUUCUGUGAAGCCAGUAAAAAGCCAAAGCCCAUUCGUAGAAUGUGCAAUCUUCAGGAAUGCACACAACCUCUGUGGUCAGCAGAUGAAUGGGAAUACUGCACAAAAACCUGUGGGAAUUCAGGCUACCAGAUCCGUACUGUGCGUUGCAUUCAGCCCCUCCAUGAUGGCGCAAACCGCUCUGUCCACUUCAAGUACUGCAGUGGAGAUCGCCCUGAGAGUCGCAGGCCGUGCAACCGCAUACCAUGCCCCGCACAGUGGAAGGCUGGACCCUGGUCUGAGUGCUCUGUGACUUGUGGGGAGGGCACCGAGACCCGGCAGAUCAUAUGCCGUGCUGGUGACCAUUGUGAUGGAGAAAAGCCAGAAUCAGUGAGGACUUGUAAACUCGCUCCCUGUAAUGAUGAACCCUGUAUGGGAGACAAAUCUAUCUUCUGUCAGAUGGAGGUGCUUGCACGGUACUGUUCCAUCCCUGGCUACAACAAGCUGUGCUGUGAGUCCUGCAGCAAGCGCAGCAGCACCCUCCCACCUCCAUUUCUUACUGAGGCUGCUGAAACUGAAGAGGAAGCGCUGUUCGAUCACAGUGAGCUGCCUAGGGCUUUGGUGAUGCCAACGCCGUCAGUGCCCCGCUACGCAGAGCUCCUGCCUGGGCGAAGUUCUCUGGGCAGGCUUCGCUUCACAGAAGAGGACGCAGAUACACGCGUCUCCCCAUCAAACACUAAGCCUAAAGGUGCUGAGUUUCCCCGAUGGAGUGUUCCUCAGGCAAGCAAGACUUCUAGGCUGUUUGCUUUGCUACACCAGCCACCAGCCAACAGCAGCAGUCUUGGCCCUCGUAACGCCCUUGAUUUGGCAGCAGCGGUUCCUGUGGUGCCACUUAAUAACACCGUGGUGGGUGCUCCUUCUCCAUCGAGAACUUCACGGAAGGGUGAGAAGCACGUUGACAAGAGAUGGCCUUCAAGGUCCUCCACUGUGGAAAGAUGAACGCGAAUGCCACGUGGAGGAUAGUAGAAGAAAGAGGCUUUGUUUGGCUUUGUGUUUCAAUUCUUUACUUCUGGACACUAUGGUGCAUGCUGCUUUCUAUGAGCAGGACACUGCAGAUCAUCAACUCAUUUCCUUGUAAAUACAAAGAAUGAGAAGUGCUGGUUCACUUUCUAGUUGGUCCCAUCCUCCUCCCAUCCUCCGUCAUCUGGGUAGUGUGAAUGCGUUGGAGGAAAGCACCAAAGAAUAUUCCUAACAGUGAGCAAAAGUUGCUGAGGGCAUCAGUCAAGCUCUAGUACAGGGAAAGUGUCCCUGAUGUCAGCACUCACCUCAUUAUUUUUGUUUUUAAACAAAUGUAGAAAAUGCCCCAUUACAAGAGGUACCAAACGUUUACACUAUACAAAAUACUUUUGCAAUGGAACAACCGAAUCCAUAAGACUUGUUUUGCUAAUUUAUCUAUAUAAAUGGAUAUUGUAUGAGCAAAUUUGCAGCUGUUGUGUAAAUACUGUAUAUUGCAGAAAAUCAGUAUUAUUUUUAAGAGUUUUGUGCUGUCAGACAACUGUUUACUUUACAUUCUAGGUGCCUGCCAUUGAGUACUGCCUUAUUUACAUUCCACAAGUUGAUUUUUUAAGCAGCAUUGUCAUAAAAGGAGGAGUUCCAUUUUCAUAUGAAUUACAUCCACUGACACUAGGAAAGAGUUUGGUUUUUAUUAAUAUCAACAACAUGAUGCUUUCUUUUGAAAUAGGGGGGAAAAAAAGUGUAAUCCUCAAGGUAUGAGUCUACUUAUUGCCACCUGCCCGUUAAAAGUAGGUUUAGAAAUUUUAGUGUAAUUCUAGUCACAGGUUGGAAAAACAAUUGUAUGUGCCUGUGAAAUGAAGACUGACACCCAUGGCCCAUGCUGAACAGGCACUGCUUCAGUUUAGAAGUAGCAGUGCUGUCCCUUCGGUCUCCUUUUGCCUACGAGGUCAGCCCAGUGUAGGAAACCAUGUAUAUACUGUAAGUACUGUAAUAUUCACAAGUCAAAGAUGAGUUGUGUUUUCCAGACGAUCCAGUUGUUUUUUAUGAAGCUGAAAAAGCAUCACAGUGGUAGAAUAGGCACUAAUAAGAAAUAGCUGUGGCAAGACUUAAAAUAGAUUUUUUUUCCUACUGGAAGCAUUGAUUUAAAGGUGAGAGAGAUAUUUAUUUUUCAGCAUGGUUCACCUCAAAAUCUCCACAACCACAAUGCAUCUGACUGCAAUAAUAUACUAGUAAUUUAUGUCAAUAACCAUCUUGUUCACAGUCCACCCAAUCACACUCUCUCCUGUGUGUUGCUGUAAAGUACUUGUAUAUAGGAUUGAGAACUAAAGAUAUUUAUUAAAAGUUGAAUUCUUGAUAGUAUUUUAUGUACUAAAUAUUUACACUAAUGGCAGUUGACUAUUCUUUUUGCCAAGAUAAAAUAGAGAUGUAACUAGAUACCUGUACAUGCUAUGUCAUACGGAUAGAAAAUAAAUCUAAGCUAACUAAACUACUGUAGAGAAAUUGUUGAUCUUAUUCUUAAAAAAAAAAAAAAAAAAAAAAAAAAAAGUCUUAUGACUUUUUUUUUGUUAAAGGCAUCUUUAAUUUCUAAAUAGGCUAUGAAAGAUUCAUGUGCAAUUUUUGGCUCCCCAUAAAAGGUCCUCAUGAUUGACCCAUUUAUAAGGACAGUGAUUGUGAACCUCUAACAUCCUAUAAAAUAGUAGGACUCCAAAAUGGGACUCCAAAGGCUAAAUUCGGGAAAGAAACUUCUGUAGUGAUGAUGCAAAAUUACUACGAUGAAGUAAGGACGAAAACUGUUGUCAGAAUUUUAAGGUAAAUGAAACUUUUAAGUAGAUGAAUCCUGUUCAGGGGAGUAUAGGGUCACUAUGCAAGGCACAUCUUGCAUUGUGAUGUGCGUAAUCUAACCCACUAAAGUAUUGACUCAACACCUGUAAAGAAUUGCUGCUACCUUUCUGCAAGACUUUUGAAGGUCAAAGAAAUUAGUAUUAAAUAGAUUGUGCAGACAAUCCCUGAGCCUCAAACAGACAAAUAGGGUGUGUUUUGUUCCUUGGAAAUUCCCCAAAUGUCAAAUUCUCUUUCUCUGUCUUUAUCUUCUACAUAUAUACAAUGUGGGUGUAGAUAAUCGUUGUACCUUUUUGCUUUCUUUUCUACCAAGCUAAUUUCACUUUCAUUAAAGUGUACACUACUGAUCCUGUUUGUUGUAUUGGGGAGCACGUAGCAAUAAAAUCUUUAACAUAACAAA